AUGGCGCCCACGAUAGAGUCGCUCAAGGCCAUCCUCGAACGAGUCGCCCUCGACCCGCGAUACCAUGACCUGCUCUCCCUCGUCAAGACGGCGCGCAACGGCGCUGUCUAUGGCGCCAAAGUGCGCUUCCCCCACGCGCUCGUCAUGGUCUUUCUCUUUCGAUCCGGAACCAUCCAGCAAAAAUGCCAGCUCGUCUUGCGCGCGACAAAGAAGCAUGCGUCUAACCUCGCCCGCUUCGCCACCAUUUACAAGCUCGUCAUGCUGGGUCUCAAGUACUACGGCCCGACCCCCGGCAAAGAGGGACCCUACGACUCCUUCUUCGCCGGCCUCGUCGGCGGCUACCUGGUCUUCGGGCAGCGCUCGCCGCGCACGGGCAAGAUCUCCAGCGUCAGCCAGCAAAUCGUCAUUUACAUCUUUGCGCGCGUCUGUCUCGGGCUGGCCAAGAUUGCCGUCAAGCCCGGGGCGACGCCGCUGCCGUGGGUCUCGGACGAGCCGCUGCGCGCCGCCAUCCACCGGUACGCCUGGCCCGUCUUCGCGUCCGUCUCGUGGGGCGCCGUCAUGCUGCUGUUCCGCUACCACCCGGACGAGCUGCAGAGCAGCCUGCGGAGCAGCAUGACGUACAUCUACAGCGACUGCAACAGCUGGGACUCGCUGCGGACGCUGGUGUGGCAUAACAAGUAG